CGGAAACAGACGAGUUGGGGACCUGAGGCAGCCAGCGGAGACUCUGAGCGGCAAAAUAUGACAGAAAGUGGACCCGGCAGCGGUGUGCGGAUGAUGCCCGAGGUUCCCUGUCUUUAACCCGCAGUUCAAAGCUGGACCACAAAAUCCUCUUAAGUUUCUUACAUUCAUCAGCUUCUUCCUGAUGUGGCAGAUGUAAGACUAGAGCAUCAUGUUGGAGCCUCCAGAGCCCAGCCAGGAGAUUGAGGACUGGCUAUGCACCCUCCGCCUGUCCCAGUACACCCUAUAUUUCCAGCAGAAAGGCUACCACAUUCUGGGAGACUGCAAAGACCUCACAGAUGAAUGCCUCUUGGAGCUCAGAGUGUUUCCAACAGGCCAUCGUAGACGCAUCCUCCGCAGUUUGGAAGCACUCGGUGUGAAGCAGCAGAGUGGGGGAGAGGAAGAUGAAGAGGGAGGGCAAGAGAAUGGAAGGGGUCGGAGGAAACCUGCGCUAUACCCAAGACAUAUUUUCAUGUACGAUAAAAAGAGGGGGACUUCAUGUCCACACCCUCAGUCAGGAGUCAAGGACAAGAAUCAGUAUGGUUUGGAAGGGUGUCAGACUUUGCCUCCAGGAGCAGGACUGGGAUCAGAAAUUGAGGACAUCCCAGAGAGCAGAUACGUCCGCCCGCCUUUACCGGCCCCGCGUAAUCUCCAAAACAUUCAAAAAUCCACGUCUCAACAUACCAGCGUCCUUGCCUCUGUGUUGUCCUCCAGCAGCAGCAGCAGCAGUGAGUCUAUCAACAUUUCUGAAAUCCCUUCAGACUGGGAGGUUUCCUCAGAGGAGCCUUUGCUGUCUAUUACCGACCCAACCCUGAGUGGAAACCAAAGAGAUCUUCAAUGCGAGAUGGUGGAAAACUCCAUCUAUGAGUUGCAGGCAAGUUUUAAGGUUCCUAAAGGUCCACGGCCCACUCGCUCCUACCGGCUGAGGCACAGGCCUGUCCCUGAGAUCCCAGAUCAUGUUGUGCCACCGUUUCUGGACAGGAGCGCACCACCAGCGCAAACAACCAGCCCUGAACACCUAACCGGCUUCGAAGGUCCCACCGGUGCAAACGGCAUACAGAAAGCUCCACUUCAAAGAACGUUGACGCCCAUUGCUCCCUAUGGAGAAACGUUCCUGUACAACAGACGAGAAAGUGUUCCGGACCAAGGAGGUAAAGAAGUGUUACAGAAGGGUUUUAAGGACAAGAUAAAACAGAAAAAACUGAGAAAAAAGAUUCUCAAACAGAAAGAUUCCAAGGAAAAAGAUUCUCCUCCUGCUCCAGCUCCUCCAGACCACUACAAAGACGAAUACUCGACAGUGGAUGAGUGUGUCAGCAUUUUGCCGCGAUUCAGUUUUGACCAAAGUUGCACAGUAACCUCUGACGCUCUUGCUGUUAGCGCAGCGGCCCCUGGCACCAUCUCUCAGGGCGGCUCCUUGAUCAUGGUGGAAUGUGACCUCUACUCAGCGCCUGCAGAUGCUCUGGGGAUUGCGAGCAGAAAUGCACUGCCCGAUAUUUCCCCAUAUGCAUGCUUCUACGGAGCUCCUAAACACCAGGUGCUCAAAGUGGGUUGGCUGGACAAACUAUCGCCUCAAGGGAAGUGUGUUUUUCAGAGGAGGUGGGUGAGAUUUGAUGGCGAGAGUCUGGCCUACUACAACAAUGACAAAGAGAUGUACUCCAAAGGUAUGAUCCUGGCCAGCGCCAUCAGACAGGUGCGGGGAUUGGGUGACAACAAGUUUGAGGUAGUCACCUUCCUUCGGACGUUCAUUUUCCGGGCUGAAAGAGAAGGGGAGCGCCAGGAGUGGAUGGAAACUCUUCAGACGGCCAUGCGCCCCCCCCCCUGCAGCUCCCAGAAGCGCUCUGACAGCCUCCCCCGCCCGUCCUCCACAAACAAGCGAGGCUUGUUGGAGCUCCGCGGUUACAAAGGCAGAGUGCUGGUGUCCCUGGCGGGGAGUAAAGUCAGGCUCUGCAAAACAGAACAGGACUAUAAAGCCGGACUGGCCAUUGCUGAAGUGGAACUGACUGCUGCCAAUAUUAGGGAGGUGGACCGCAGGGGUUUUGAAGUCAUCACACCUUUCAAAAACUUCUGCUUCACGGCCGAGUCGGAACGGGAGAAGGAGGAGUGGAUUGAAGCGGUCCAAGAAUCGAUUGCUGAGACACUCUCCGACUAUGAAGUGGCGGAGAAGAUCUGGUUCAACGAGGCCAACAGGAGCUGCGCCGACUGUCGUGCCCCGCAGCCGGAGUGGGCAUCUGUCAAUCUGGGUGUGGUCAUCUGCAAGAAGUGUGCAGGUCAGCACCGCUCCCUUGGCCCAAGCAUUUCCAAAGUGCGGAGCUUGAAGUUGGACAGCAGUAUCUGGAGCAAUGAGCUAGUAGAGCUCUUCCUGGAGGUGGGAAACAAAAAUGCUAACAGUUUUUGGGCAGCUAAUCUUCCCUUGGAGGAGGAGCUCUACAGCGGGGCUUCGGCGGAACAGCGUGCCACGUUCGACCGCAGGAAGUACAGGGAGAGGAAGUACCGGAAGGUCCUCAGAGGUUUUCAGGAUUUGGAAGAUCUCAAUCAGGCACUGUGUGCAGCUGUGGUGUUGCCUGGUGUGCUGCAGACCAUGGAGCUGGUGUUCAGCGGGGCAGAUGUUAUGUGUGCCACUGGGGAUCCGACCUGCUCCACCCCGUACCUCUUGGCGCAACGUGCUGGACAGAAGCUGCAGAUGGAGUUCCUGCACCAGAACAAACUAUCUGAUUUUCCCAUACUAGAGCAGUGGUCAGAGAACGCCUCCCUGUCCGACACUUCACUCUUCAUGGAUGGCUUCCUCUACAUCUCCUCUGGCCCUGCCAAGAUGACGUUGGACCGCCGUGGAAGAGAUGAAAUGGCACGACGUUGGUGUACGUUGGAAGGCGGCUUCCUGAGUUACUAUGAGAGCGAGCGAAACCCAACAGCCAUCGGCAGGGUGGAUGUCACUGAGGUGGUCAGCCUGGCAGCCAGCAACACUGAGACAAUGACUGGAGCAGGGGCUGUGUUUACAGUGGAGCUGUACCUGCAGACAGAGCGAGUACUGAUUGUCGGAGCUGAAACACAGGAAACGCAGCACGACUGGAUCCAUGCUCUAACAAAGUGCUUCAUCCCGUCUAAAGUGGAGGGCUUGGUGCAGAAAGACAGCGAGCUGAUUGGCAGACUCCACUACAAAGAAGGCCACGACCUGUACCACUGGAGACUGGGCUGGUUCGCGCUGGAAGGCUCUGCUCUGCACUUCAGCCCAGGAGAUGAGGCGGGAGAAGAGGAAGUCCUUCAACUCAAACAACUGCAUGAGCUCACUGUUUCCACACAUACUGAGGGCGAAGAGAAGAUCCAAGUCCUGCUGAUGGUGGAGGGUGGAAGAACAGUUUACAUCCACGGCUUCAACAAGAUGGACUUUGUGCUGUGGCACUCUGCCAUCACGCUGGCCGCAGGCACAGACGGCAGGGCGCUCAGCAACCAGCAGCUGACGAAAAACGGCGUCCCCAUCAUAGUCGACAGCUGCAUCGCUUUUGUCACUCAGUACGGCUUGUGCCAAGAGGGGGUCUACCAGAGACCGGGAGACUCCGGCCGAGUGGCUCUCCUUCUGGAGGAGUUCACUCGCGACGCUCGUAACGUCAAGCUGAGAGAGAAGGAGCAUCAUUUGGAGGACGUCACGGGCACUCUGAAGAGCUUUUUAUCCCAAGCAGAAGAUGCACUGCUGACCAAGGAGCUCUAUCCAUACUGGGUGUCAGCUCUGGAUGAGAGGGACGAGAAGCAGAGAGUGAGAAAGUACUCUGCUUUCAUCGAGAGUUUGCCCAAGAUAAACAGAUCAACCCUCGAUGCAUUGCUCCAGCAUCUUUACAGGAUUCAGCAGUGUUCCCACCUCAACCAGAUGCCGAGUGAAAAACUGGCCUCUGUGUUCUCCUCCUGCCUGUUCCAGACUGGAGGACAAACCCCAAAGGAAAUUAGCGUGGUCCAUGACCUCAUCAACAACUACAUUACGCUCUUCAGUGUCAAUGAAGACCAGGUGCAACAGAUGGAGAGAGAGAAUAGUUUCAUCACACGCUGGAACGACAAAAAGGACACCACAUUCGCUCCAGCUGGGGACUUGAUCUUCGAGGUGUACCUGGAAAAGAAAGAGCCCGAGAACUGCUGUUUAAUCAAGGUCUCUCCCAGCAUGCGGUCUAUGGAGCUUGCAGAAAGUGCGCUGAGUAUGAAGAACGUCACCUUUAACACUGAGGACUUGUGGACUUCCUUUGAAGUCAUUGAGAACGGAGAACUAGAGCGACCGUUGCACCACAGUGAGAAGAUUCUUGAGCAGGUGCUGGAGUGGAGCGAGCUGGACUGUCCUCGUGCUGCUUUUCUUGUCUUAAAGAAGUUUGCAGGGGCUGCAAGAGAGGCUGAUGGAAGAGACCAAAAGCAGUUUAUAAAAGGCGAGUAUCUGAAGUUCAGCGAUGGAUCCAGCAAACUGCUGUCAGGGCACAAAUUCCAGGACAAAUAUGUUGUGCUGCGUGCGGAGAAGCUGCUGCUCUACAGAGAUAUCAAAAGCGCUAAAGCAGAGAAAGUGAUCCAACUCAAGUCUGCAAAAUGUUACUUGGGUCUGAAGAAAAAGCUGAAACCUCCACCCGGCUGGGGCUUCACGGUCUACACUGAUAAACAACAAUGGCAUUUCUGCUGCGAGAAGAGGGAGGCGCAGGUCAGCUGGGUGACGGACAUCAUCAGGAUGAAGUACGGUUCUGACCUGUGUUCAAAGAGCAUAAAGCCAAAAGAAACUGCAGUUCACAGAGCUUUGAGCGAAGGUGGGGCACUUCCACCGCAAAACCACAAUUCCAGCAAACAGCUGACAGACAGAAGAACUUCUCAUGGAGAUGUUAACCCAAGGACCGUGAAGGAUGCCGGUCUUCACCAAAAGACAAACAACGCAGCCAACUGCCCGAGGCCCAACGACAUGCUCAAGGCCCCCGAAGUCCCACUCAGAAGACGUUCUGUGGAUGCUGGCCAGCUUCAACUCCUCCCAUCUCCGUCCCCAUCCAGACACUUACAGCCCAUGCCUUUGCCUGUUCCUCCUCAAAGUGGCGUCAAAUCCGCAGGCAGGAGACCCAUGGUGGGCGGGGAGAGUCUGAUGCCUUCUAAUCUGCUGAAUGAACUGAACUCAGUGCUGAAUAAGACUGGCCGCACCACCAAAAACAAUGACUGACAGGAGGAGAAUAAAGGAGAAAGAAACAUACAUACAACUGUCUGUCUGAACGAUGACAAAAGCAUUACAGUGUUGAAAAGAUGUGGAGACUGAGAAAGAAAGACCACACAAUGCAGAUGGAGUCUAUGUGCAAUGCUUUCAUGAGGGGGGGGGGGAUCAUAGCCCGAAGACUGCCUUUGAACUUGGAUAUAUAAAGAGAUACCGAUGCACAAGGGGAUGUGGAGAACAGGUGCAGGAGACAUCGGAGGUCAUGCAGACCUCAGCUGGACAUGACGCUGACCCAAGCACUACAAAAAUAAUUUAUAUGCCGCUCUUCUAAACCCAUAGAACAUUAUAAAAAUAUGUUUGGCUUUCAAGCUUCAGAAGCAUCAAGAAAUACACCAAACAUGCUUUCUUAAUGCUUUCAUAUUUCCAGUCACUUUGAAAAGAAAGUUAAAGGGAGCUAUGUUCAACACUGUUUUAAUUACAACAUUUUAGGCAACUUUUAGACAGGCAGGAAUACAAAGAAAAUGUUGUAUCUCAAGUUCAAAAGUCUGGUUUAAUAAUAGCUCAUAGACUCUCCUGUUUUCAUAAACAUACAAUAAAAAAGAUACAAUAAAGAUACAAUAUCAAUAUAUUGUAUUAAUAAUAAUAAUUAAAUAAUUAAAAUUGUAACCUUUACCUGUAGAGCUACUAGCAGGGUUAUUUUUAAGCGGAUCGUUCUGUGGCACAUCACUUUAAAUUUUACACUGGCUGCCAUUGAAUGUUUUAUUUUUUAUUGUUUGUAUGAAUACAUUAAACAUUGCAAAAUGCUUUAAGAUGUAAUUUCCUACACAGUUCAACCCAUCUUAAAAGUGGCAUAUGGUGCAUGUUGCAGCUUCACAUUCAGUAUUUUUGAGAAAGAUAAUUUGUGCUUAACAUUGAAAAUGAACACAGAUGAACCGCAUAAGACUCCCAAAGGUUUAGAUUCAAAUGUUUUGUUUUAAGCUAUGCCCUAAAUCCAGACUACAUAGCAAAUCUAAUCAAGCUUUCACUCUGUAUUGUGCUCACACUAGAAAAAUAACACAAUAAUGCACACCCAAAACAGUCAGCACACAUACAAAAAAAACAACAAAAAGCUGUAAUAUUUGCUGUUGACGACCGCUCGUCUCCCACAACACACAAAGGAAAUGGAUGAUCUGCUCACAGCUGCAAAAAAUUCAAAGUAAUUGUGGUUGGUGGUGAAACAGCUCCAGGAUACCUCAGAAAACAAAAAUUGUUAGCACUGGCGUUCUCAGUUUGAUUGAUGUUGAACGGUGCAAGUAUUACAUCAUUUCUUGUAAAUAUAAAAUGGUAAAGUAUGUUGCUUUCCUGUAUACUAACUGCAAAACCUGUAAAUAUUAGUAUGUAUGCUGUUUAUGUUUCUAUAGACAUUAGAUAAAAUUGUGCUUUUAUAAAGGACUUGAUGUGGUUGAAAAGUUACCACAGGUGUCAUCAGAUCCUCUGAAAUAGAUUAUUUUCAGGGUUAUUAUUAAAAAACAAACAUAUCAUUCUUC